AUGUCGUCUCGGUACGGCUGGUCCACGAAUCGGGACCAGAUAUCCCCCUAUUCAUCCACUCUGAGCGGCGUACCCCACGUCACGGACGAAGACUUUAGCUACAUCACCACCGAAGACCUCCAAUCCACCUCGCUAGGAUCCUCCGUCCCCACGAGAACCUACGCUCACUCACCCCGACCCCGCGGCAGCGCCGUCCCCGAAGACGACGUGCUCCUCAUUAAGAACAAGGGCGUCACCUAUCCCGCCCACUUCCCUGCCUAUGCCAUUGGCGAUGGCAAGCUGCGCGUUCGCGACGUCCGGGACCGUGUCGGCGUCAUGCUGGAGCUGUCAGACCGCCGCGUACGCCGCACCAAGCUCCUCUACAAGGGCCGCCAGCUGAAGGAGCCGGCCGCGCCCGUCCGGGACUACGGGGUCAAGAACAACAGCGAGGUCCUGGUGGUACUGCCGGACGGCGACGUCGAUGCCGAGAGCAGCGACGCCUCGAACGAGGAGAUGGUCGUCGUGGCCAGCGACGGCGCCAGUGCCGUCGGCAGCACCGGCGGCACCGACGACGGAAAGAAGCGCCGCGGCAAGAAGAAGGGUCGCAAGUCUAAGAAGCGCAGCAGUAACACGAGCCCGCGGGACAGCGCCUCAAAUCUCGGCGUGCCGACCGGCCAGGAGAGCCACCGACCGUCGUCCCCCAACAGCCAGGCCGCCGCUGGCCCUCACGCUAAGCUCGAGGCCAUUGCUGCCAAGUUCAACGCGGACCUUCGCCAGCCCUGCGAGGACUUCAUUGCCGCGCCUCCGACGGACGCCAAGAAGAGGGUCGAAGAGCACCGCAAGCUGUCCGAGACGACGAUGCAGCACGUUCUCCUGAAGCUCGACGAGGUCGAGACGGCAGGCGAUCCGGAUGCUAGAGCCACGAGGAAGGCUCUCGUCCAGGACGUGCAGGACGUGCUGAGGCGUCUUGAUGCACGUGCCGAGGCGUCGUGA